AGUUUAACCGUUUGAAUAACAGUUUAUGCAGCUUGUAAAACUCACGCUGAACGUUUAGGAAUUUCGAUUUUUGAGGAAUUUCUCUACGCUCAAGUACCACGACCACGUCAGCGCGCGCACUCAACCGCCAAACUCAAUAGAGCCAAAAGAGUAUUUACAAGCAGGCGCCUGUACAUCCCGCGGUAUUUUUGCUGAAAAUUUGUUGGUUUUUAUGUGUUGCGCUACGUUUGCAAGCGAACCACUCAGCGUGUGGAGGCCAAUAAAAGCGGCAGCAAGUUCAAAUAAUUAAAAACUAAAUAAACAGCAAAUUACUUCGGUUAAUGAUUAACUGAGCUGAUAACAUUCGAGAGCCGGCAAGGAGAACAACGUUUAGUUUUGUUGUUUCGUUUUUUCAGUUUUCUGUUUAUGUAUUGCGCUCGUGAGUUCAAUCAUCCGCAAUCGUCGAGCAGCGCGCAAUCAACCAACUAACCAGCCAAUCGACCAUUGAAAAAUAAAUAUUAAAUUAAAUUAACAAUAACAACAAAAUACAAAACACUGGUGUAGAAAAAAAAACACAAAAUAGCUGAGAAGUGGCGAACAAAGUGAUUAAUGUGCAUUUUUUUCUUAAAUAAAUCAAAUAAAAAUCUUGAAGUAAUUCAAAGUGAAAAAAUUACAAUAAAUACAUAAAAAAUCGAUUAUUUUGUAAAAAUUCUAAGUAAACAGCCAACUCAGCAUAACUUAAAUGCAAAUACACACACACAAGCACACAACCAUUUACUAGAUACAUUCAAUGUAAGAGAGCUUAAGUAAACGUUAAAAGACACCACCACCAAUUAAUUAAUUCAUUAACUAAUUAACUUGUUUUUACUUUUUUUUUCACUGUAUUGUAUUUUUGCUCUAUCAGCACCCCGCGUUUUACAUACAAACAAACUUCCAUACGUAUUGUAUAUACGCGUAGAGGAAUUCAGUGCAACUCAAGAAGAUAUUAAAUAAAAUACAAAUUCUAGGUAUUUACAAUUUAUAUAUUACAGGCAGUUAGUUAAAGAAACAUAAGAAGAAGAAGAAGCAGCAGCAGCAAUAGCAGAAGUAAAAUUAAAACAAAGUAAAUAAACGCCAUUAAAAAAAAGGUUGUUCAAAUAUAAGAAAUCAAGCAAACGGCAAGUGAAAGAUAUUGUCUGCUAAAAACGGAAAUCUCAACCAUAUACUCGAACCGCCGCAACCCCCCCGCCCCCGCAACUAAAUCAAUAGUGAAGUGUGAGUGUAGCGGUGAAAUUUGCAGCGAGUGUAAAAAAGGUGAAAAAUAAAUAGCAACAUUACAACCGCAAAUACCACAGCAGCAAGGAAACCAAUAACCGCUAAAAUAACAGCAGCAACCACCACAACAACAACAACAAAGGCAAAUAUGGAAGACAAUAACACAAGUACGCCAAUGAAGACCGACGAAUCAGUCACAUUAACAAUCAGGCUGAUAAUGCAAGGCAAGGAAGUUGGCAGCAUUAUUGGCAAGAAGGGCGAGAUUGUGAACAGAUUUCGUGAAGAGUCUGGCGCAAAGAUCAACAUCUCGGAUGGCUCAUGCCCGGAGCGCAUUGUCACCGUGUCUGGCACGACUAGCGCGAUCUUCUCGGCUUUCACGCUCAUCACAAAGAAGUUUGAAGAGUGGUGCUCACAGUUCAGUGAUGUUGGCAAGGUUGGCAAAACUCAAAUACCGAUACGUUUAAUUGUGCCCGCCAGUCAAUGUGGAUCGUUAAUUGGCAAAAGUGGCUCAAAAAUCAAGGAGAUACGUCAAUCCACUGGCUGUUCGAUUCAGGUUGCCAGCGAAAUGUUGCCAAAUUCAACAGAGCGAGCCGUCACUUUGAGCGGCACUGCCGAGCAAAUAACUCAAUGUAUCUAUCAGAUUUGUCUCGUUAUGCUGGAGUCACCACCAAGGGGAGCUACCAUACCGUAUCGGCCAAAACCGCAAGUAUCUGGACCAGUCAUUUUGGCAAACGGACAAGCCUAUACCAUACAAGGCAACUAUGCUGUACCCGCACAAGAGACAUGCCCAGUAUUUCCACUGGCAUUGGCCACCGGUGGCCUACACGCUGGUAUCUCAGGUUUGACGGAUCCUCUCUUGAAAGGGGCACAUUUACAAGGAGCGGUGCCGGCAGCCCACCAUCACCUACAACAUAUACCCGAUGUUGCAAAGAAUCCAUUGGCUAGCUUGGCAGCGUUGGGUUUGGCUGGCAUAACACCAACCAAUACAGGUGGUCUCAAUCCAACAGCUUUGGCUGCACUCGCUGGCUCUCAACUACGUACAGCCAAUACAAGUCGCACCCAACAACAGCAACACGAAAUGACGGUGUCUAACGACUUGAUUGGCUGCAUUAUCGGCAAGGGUGGCACAAAGAUUGCCGAAAUACGUCAAAUUUCCGGUGCAAUGAUACGCAUUUCGAAUUGCGAGGAACGCGAGGGUGGCAAUACCGAUCGUACAAUCACCAUUAGCGGUAAUCCGGAUUCGGUAGCAUUGGCUCAAUACUUAAUCAACAUGAGCGUUGAACUGCAGAAGGCUAAUCUACAGGAGGCGAAUAAUGGCACUAAUGGCCAAAGCAACAAUGCCAAUAACAACAAUAGCAACGCCAGCGCCGCAAAUGGUGGCAGCAAUGGCAAUGCCAACACCAACAACAGUAAUCACUUAAGCGGCGGCACGUCCAAUUUGGGUGGCGGCAAUGGUGGCAGCGGCGGCAGCAAUAGCACCUUGAAUCAGAAUAGCAGCAAUCACAGCAGCAACAAUAGCUUAAAUAAUUUAAAUACAAGCUCAAGCAAUUCAAACACCAACAACAACACCAGCAACACACACUCAUCAACAGCCAUGACAAUCACAAACAGCAGCAACAGCGGCAGUAACAGCAAUGCCAACAAUCUAACCUUGAACACAACUUCCAGCAAUCCAACCAAUCCAUUUUCCAGUUCACUACCAUUUUCAAAUCCACCAAAUCCCUUUGCCACCUCCACAGCGGUUAGCUCGCUAGCUACAGCCAUACCAUUAGCGCAAUUAUUGUCCAAGCCAGGCGCUUUGAAUGCGCUCUCCAGUCUGACCGCGCUCGGCGGACUUACCGAUCUGUUGGGUGGCUUGGCCACACUCAAUGGUCCACCCAUACAGACAACCGGUGUGCACCGCACUAAAAGCUUUGCGUCGACACGUUUUCGUAGUCAUAAUCAUGCCGAUGGCAAUACCGAUAGCGAAAAGACGCGCAACAAGUUCAAUCCCUAUUAGAGGCGUGAAGCUUUAAGAUAUGAAAGUUAUGGCAGAGUGAAAGUUUUUUAAAUGGACGGGUGAAAGCUUUUGAAAUGGAAAGGUGAAAGCUCUUGUCAUGGAAUGGUGACAGCUUUUGCCAUGAAAGCGAAAAAACGUUUGGAAUUGAAGGGUGGAAGUUUUUAAAAUGAAAGUGAAAGAAAUUUUGUAAGAGUAUUGCGAAAACUUUGCAAUAGUAUGAUGAAAGGUUUUGAAGGGGUAACUAGAUAAGUAUGCGCCUUGCAAAAAAUCGUAGAACUCAAGUAAGGGGCAAAGUCAACGCGUUAUUCUCUAAUAGUUGACACAAAAGUAGUAUUAGUAGUUGUAUGAAAUGCGUUUGUGUGCGGCGAUUUUUUUCGAUAUUUUUACAAGCCAACACACACGCGCACUGUUUUUUUUUUUUGCUGUCAAAUGUAGGCGUUAGAGAUGCAUUACUAAAACGGAAAUAUUUCGAAUUUCUAAUAAAAGCAAAAUAGUUUUCUAAGUUUAAGCGAAAAAAUUCAGUAGGCAGAGAUCACGUAAUAGAUAAUAGUUUGAAUUAAUUCUAUACUCGUAGUUUGGAAUACAAGAAUUUUUUUUUUAAAUUUGCAAAAUUGCGAAGUGUUUAACAAAAUAUGCAGCUUCUAAUUAUGACUUUAACAAAUUAAUAUAUGACUAUAAGGCGAAUAGUUUCAUAUUAUCAUGUACAUGCACACGCCUCCUCGCCCCAUCAUCAUGCCUGUUAUUGCCACCAGAACUAUUAUGAAAGGUUUUCACAUUCUACAUUUUUUUUUUUUUUCUAACUUUUAGUGGGUACAUAUUUUUAAAAACAAGAAAAUGUUAUAGUAAUAACAAAGAAAACAACAGUUAGUUCGUCUACUUACAUAGACGCUGACAAAAAUAUAAAAGUAUUGUAUUUUUUCCAAAAUAUUUACAUCAUGAAAUAUUAAGUUUCCAAUUUUUUUUAACAAAUUGGCUAGAUGCCUCUGCCCCGCACUUACAGCUCUACAUAUAUCAUCGUACAAUAACAACUACAUCUUAGGUGCGCCACAUUUAUUCACUUAAUCCAAUAAUCAUUGCAUAUUACAUAUACAUACACACACAUAUACAAGCAUACGACUUUCAAUAAGUUUUUAAAUGUAAGCCGUAGAUUUUAAGCGCAAAGAAAAUAUGUUAUUGUAGCCUCUAAGCAAAAAAACAAACAAAGAGAAACUAAGUUUGAAAGCGUUAAGUAAACGAAUUAUGAGAGAAAAAUGUGCGAAAAUAACGAAAAAAAAAUUGAAAAAAAAAUUGUAUGUGAAAAAAUAUUUUGUUUAAAAAAAAUAUUUGAAAAAAAUAUGUUUUUUUUUUACAAUUUUACUAUGUUUUGAAAACUUUAGAGAAGUAAAUGAAUUAAACAUUUCUUUUUAUAUUGGCGAAGAACAAGAAAGCCGUGUGUUUAAUUUGGCAAAAGUUAUUUAAUGAUUUAUUUUAUCUUUUAUUUUUAACUGCAAGAAGUUAGAUGUCAUUUAUUUUUAUACGAAAAAAAAUGUUUUGUUUUUUCUAUUAAUUUUUGUGUCGUAUUAUUUCGCAGAAAUAUAUUAUUGGUAAAAAAAAUUAUAAGGCAUUAGUUGUAGUUGUAGAAUAAAAAGGUUUACUUCGCGAAGCUACUAAAGAAUCUGGUAAUAAAAUAAUUAACAAAAAAAAUUAAAAAGCUUUUAAAUCGAUCAGCGCACAUACACACACAUCAAUAUGCAAGUUGUAUACGAAUUAAUCUAAGCUGUUCGAUUUUAGUCUAAAUAAAUUUAUGAUUUUUUGA